AUGCAGAGCGAGGCCAGCCAACGCCGAAGGCGCCUCCCCACACUCGACUACGCGGACCUCAAGCGCUUCUCGAGGACGUGCAGGCCCUUCCACGAGCUCGAGAAGUCGCCCUCGCUCCACCUGAAGCUCUUCAGGCAGCCCUCUGACCCGGCCAACCCGCUCAAGGCUGGACAGCCAGUUCGUUUCCACCCUGUCCUCGACGUCACCUGGCUCAGCCGCCCCGAUCUCGACGAGGCCGACAUCACGGUCUUUCCGAAAUCACGCAAACGCAACUUGGAGGAAGCGGACGAGCCGAUGGAGGGAGCUGACCCUUCUGACAACGACGACGAGAGCGACACCGGCUCUGACGGCGUGAGACACUACAAGCCGCUCGACUUGCCCGUCGCCGCCGAGUACGCGACUUCUCCGCCCUCCACAAAGGUCAUCUUCCUCGCCGGGACCGGCCCAGUCAUGGCAGACAAGCGCGGCGUGCGCGUCCGCUCGGUCAUCGAAGCCGUCCGAGGCGGUCCUGAACCGACCGAAGAAGACUUGGAGGAGCUCGAGUCGAUGACGAUGUGGGACACGCUUGGCGACUGCACCUUCUGGGCCGGAAUGAGCAGCGCUCGCGCUGUUGGCGACGACUCGGUGGCCCUCCGUCCGAACGAGUUUGACUGA